UUUUUGCUUCUCUUACUAGAACUGUUCCUCACUUCUCUCUCUAAAAAGAAGGGUUCUCACUUGGGCGUCGGAGUGCUAACGGACCAAACCGGUCCGCUAGGCGCUUGUGUGUGCAGGCAGGCGAACGAAGAGAAGCACGUUGGAGAUCGAAGCGCGGAGCGGAGAAGGAAGGCUUCUGGGCAUAAACAAUUGGCGCGCCAGAUAGGGGAAUAUAACCAACAAGACGCAUGGAGGCUCCAGGGUCAGGAGAGAAGGAUGGAGGCGCUGAGCGGCAAGAGCCUGGGACGGAAGUGACGAAGGGGGCGGACGAGCAUGACGGAAGGGGGAGUCCGAGGGUCGAGGAGAGCGCACAAACGGAAGGCGCCCAACUCUCGAAGGAGGAGUUGCUUCAGAUUAUCGAGAGCCAAGAUCACGCUCUCGAGAUCUUGAAGAAAGAGGUCGAGGCACUCAAGAAGGGAGGAGGCGACCCACCCACGCCUGGGUCAAAGAGAAGGGAGCGAUAUGAAGAGGGUGAAGGGGCAUCUAGCCUCACGAGGCGCACGGAGGAAAUGGGGCACUUGACCCGACACUUAAAAUCAGACUAUGAUGACGACAACGGUUGGGCGCAGAGGCGUGUCGGGAGAGGCUGGGGAGUUCGGCAGCCUUUGGCCAUGAGCAUCCUUGCCGAGCUGCCAAGCUCGGUCAUACCUGCCCUGCCAAGCUAUGAUGGGACGAUGGACCCGUAAGAAAGAUCAUCGAAGAUUCAUGCC